AUUAAUCUAAUAUCAAUCAUGGUAUAAUGUCACAAGAUGAUCAACCUUCGUAUCUACCUAUUUACGAUUUCGCAGGUAGUUCGACGACAAAUUCGCACCAACAACGAAAUGAAGCCACCAUAAUGGGAGAAAACCAUCGUCUCAAAAAAGAAAAUGUUGAAUUAUGGAAGUGCCUGCGACUUAUGAGAGACAAUUCGGAAUUAGAAACAGCAAAUCUUAUAUCUUCUGUCAUUGCCUGGUGCGAUGAAAAAUUCAAACAUAAAUUUUGGGAAUUAAACUCGGCGCUACAACAUCACAACCUACAGUCACCUCCCAGCCCAUUCCGUCCAAUAUCUCCAGUAGGGCCCAACCAUAACGAUGAUUUCUACAACGCAUCAGUAUCUCCUCUUUCAACGUCAUCACGGAAAAGUGCACACCGGUCUCGACAAAGAAGCAGAUCAGUUUCACCCACCCAGGAAACUAUUUACAAUAGAUAUGCACCUUCCAGCAUGUUACAAUCUACACAUUUAGCAGCCAACCCGAAAGGACUAUAUCAACCAAAUUCAGGGCCCUUUUCAAAAAGAACUUUUUUCCAAGCUACGUCUCCAACUCAAGGCAGUGUUUACGAUAAUUAUAUAGCGCCACUUUUACCAACAGCUCCAAUUCGCAGUCCUUCGCAAUAUGCAGAAUCGCAUUCGGUAGAUCGACGGUCACAAAUUCUGUCACCAACUCAAGGCAGUGUCUAUGAUGGCAUUCUAAAUAGACCAUCGUCUGCACCAGUUCGCAGUCCGUCACCUUUUGAUAGGCACCCACAAGUUGCAUCGCCGACGCAAGGGAGUGUGUAUGAUAAUUAUACCCCGCAUGAUCAGCCCAUAUCUGUACAAGCCCUGAGCCCACCACCUGAUGGAACAGUACCGGCAUUAAGCAGGCGCUCACAAACAGUAUCGCCAACGCAAGGAAGUGUUUAUGAUGAAUACCUUGGAGGUCGACCACCGUCGACAAACACUACACCCCUACACAGCACUGCAAGGCUCGAUAGAAGACGUUCCCCAACUUAUGAACUCCCAAUCUUAACGCGUAGUAUUUCUCCAAUCGGUUUAAACGAGACUAAUUAUACCAAGGAACAGCGCUCACCAAAAGGAUUCAGUCCAAUAGCCAGUGUUCUAAUAGACAAGCCUGCAAAUGCGAGUUCAACAUUGCCACACGAUAGAAAUUCGCCUACACAAUUAAAUUAUAGGAACCAGAAUCUUGCUUAUCCUCCGGGGGCACUUGAGGCACCUAGUAACUCCAGUCAAACAACACCACAAUUGCCAACAAUCCAAGCAAUCAAAACAAUGACCAGGUCACCAACGUCUCCUAUGGCACAACAAAAAGAUAAUCCAUCAACUGACUCAUCUGGAUUUUAUCAGGAGUCAUACAGCAGAUAUCCUUCAACGUUAGAUUAUAACGCCCUACAAUCGUCCUCUCCAUCAUCUUUACAUACUUCUAAUAUCUAUCAGCAACCAGUUAAAGAGUCCAGACACAUUUCAACCUCGCCUAUUUUGGACCAAAAACAGCCGUCUCAGGUCCACACCCCUGGCAGUACAGGUAGACCAAUGACCCGUGGAGAUUUAUCGUUUGGUCCGUCCCAAGAUAGUGUGAUAAAUUCCACCGUACAUGGAAGUUCCACCUUCAUACCAACAAUAGACGGCGACGAGAGGGUUCCAACACCCUAUCCGUGCAGUCAGAAGCCUGUUCAAAUCACCCAGGACAUACAGCCAGGAAAAGAGGACUCUUUCCGUGUGGGUUUUGGGACACCAACUGCACAUUCCACGCCUAUAAAAGAGCCAAAUAAAAGGUCACGCGUUAGCCCUAUACCGGAACAGUUUGAAAUAGAACAGUCUUUUAGGAAUAGACACACGUCAAAUACUGACUCUGUUUCAGCACAAUCUUCUGCUAGCUGGCAAACCCAAACAAGCGGAACUUCCGUUGUCAGAUCAGCAACAUUCCGUCCAUCACAUCGUCUUCUGGGUGAAAUAAGUUUCCAGUUAGAGAGACGCAUACUUGAUUAUAUAUUCGCCAAACGAGUAAAGGGUCAAAAAGAAAGACUACAUCGUCGUUUCUAUGGUUACACGGUUUCUAAUAUUCCCUCUAUGAUAACAAGAGAAUCAAUAGGUAAAGAUGGUAAACUCGAUCUAAAAAAGAAAGUGACUUACCAAUUUAGAUACGAUUACAUCAUUAAAAGUUUGGUUUCUUUUGGUUACAUACUGGAGAAACACAGUCAGUUCAGUUUAAAAAUGAUAAAUAGAUACGGUCUUCUAACGCAGCCUCCAGAUCGACAAACCAUGGAGAUGUUCGGACUUCAAAAUCCAAACACUUUACGUAUGUUUGUUACUAAAUUAGCUUCCAGUGAAAAAGAGAGAGCCAAUAUGAUGAUACUACUGGAGAGUUUGUUACUUCUAGCCCAUGAUGAUGGCCAGUCUAUAUUUAUGUGGUAAGAAAACAAGAGAAAGAAAUAGAAAACUAACGAA